AUGGCGACGGCGGCCGCAUCCUCAGCGUCUGAGCCGGAGGUUGAGCCCCAGGCGGGGCCUGAGGCCGAGGGAGAAGAGGACGAGGCGAAGCCGGCCGGUGUGGGGAUGAAGAUGCUGUCCGACGCUGUGGCCGCGGAGGCGGCCGAGGCCGAGGACCCGGGCUGGGACCUGCAGCAGGAAGGCGUGAGCGACAGCGACGGGGAUGAGGAGGACGCCAUGGCUUCCUCUGCCGAGAGCUCCGCCGGGGAGGACGAGUGGGAGUACGACGAGGAGGAGGAGAAGAACCAGCUGGAGAUCGAGCGGCUGGAGGAGCAGCUGUCCAUCAAUGGCUAUGACUACAGCUGCCACGUGGAGCUCAUCAGGCUGCUGCGGCUGGAGGGCGAGCUCAACAAAGUGAGGAUGGCCCGCCAGAAGAUGAGCGACAUCUUUCCCUUGACGGAAGAGCUCUGGCUGGAGUGGCUGCACGAUGAGAUCAGCAUGGCUGGGGACGGUCUGGACCGCGAGCACAUCUACGAGCUCUUCGAGAGAGCUGUGAAGGACUACAUCUGCCCGAACAUUUGGCUAGAGUAUGGCCAGUACUCAGUUGGUGGCAUUGGUCAGAAAGGUGGCCUGGAGAAGGUUCGCUCUGUGUUUGAAAGAGCCCUGUCAUCUGUUGGCCUACACAUGACGAAAGGCCUCGCCAUCUGGGAGGCUUACCGAGAGUUUGAAAGUGCCAUUGUAGAAGCCGGUCGGCCCAUAGCUGCCUUCCUUAACCCUUCUGACCGGGAACAAACCUUUGAUUCACAGCUGGAGAAAGUGCACAGCCUCUUCCGGCGACAGCUGGCGGUCCCGCUGUACGAGAUGGAGGCCACUUUUGCAGAGUAUGAAGAGUGGUCAGAAGAGCCCAUACCAGAGUCCGUCCUUCAGAGCUACCAGAAAGCGCUGGGUCAGCUGGAGAAGUACAAGCCUUUUGAGGAAGCGCUGUUGCAAGCAGAGGCCCCACGGCUGGUGGAAUACCAAGCUUACAUCGAUUUUGAGAUGAAAAUAGGGGAUCCUGCUCGUAUUCAGUUGAUCUUUGAGCGUGCCCUGGUGGAGAACUGCCUGGUUCCAGACUUAUGGAUCCGCUACAGUCAGUACCUAGAUCGGCAGCUGAAAGUAAAGGAUUUGGUUUUAUCUGUACACAGCCGUGCUGUGAGGAACUGCCCAUGGACAGUCGCCCUGUGGAGUCGGUACCUCCUGGCCAUGGAGCGGCACGGACUGGACCAUCAAAUGAUUUCCGCAACCUUCGAGAAUGCCCUGAGUGCCGGAUUCAUCCAGGCCACUGAUUACGUGGAGAUCUGGCAGGUGUACCUAGACUACCUGAGGAGAAGGGUUGACUUCAGACAAGACUCCAGCAAGGAGCUGGAAGAGCUGCGGUCCAUGUUCACGCGUGCCCUGGAGUAUCUGCAGCAGGAGGUUCAAGAGCGUUUCAGCGAGAGUGGAGAUCCGAGCUGCCUGAUCAUGCAGAGCUGGGCUCGGGUUGAGGCUCGCCUGUGCAAUAACAUGCAGAAAGCUCGAGAACUCUGGGACAGCAUCAUGACCAGAGGAAAUGCCAAGUACGCCAACAUGUGGCUGGAGUAUUACAACCUGGAAAGGGCACACGGUGACACACAACACUGUCGGAAGGCUCUACACCGAGCGGUACAGUGCACGAGUGACUACCCUGAGCACGUCUGCGAAGUGCUGCUCACCAUGGAGAGGACAGAAGGGACCUUAGAAGAUUGGGAUCUGGCCAUUCAGAAAACAGAGACGCGCUUGGCUCGAGUGAACGAGCAGAGGAUGAAGGCCGCAGAGAAGGAAGCGGCUCUUGUACAGCAGGAGGAAGAGAAGGCUGAGCAGCGGAAGAAGGUGCGGGCGGAGAAGAAAGCCCUGAAAAAGAAGAAAAAGCCGCGAGGUGCAGACAAACGCAAGGUGGAUGAGGACGGUGAGGAAGAGUGGGGCGCAGAGGAGGACGAGCAGCCUUCCAAACGCAGAAGGACGGACAACAGUUUGGCCUCUGGAGCGGCUUCAGCUAUGGAGGAAGAAACAGAAGUCUCUGGGAAAUGCUUGACGAUAGAUGUUGCUCCUCCUUCCAAGCAGAAAGAGAAGGCAGCCUCCCUUAAGCGGGACAUGCCCAAGGUGGCUCACGACAGCAGCAAGGACAGUGUCACCGUCUUUGUCAGCAACCUGCCCUACAGCAUCGAGGAGCCCGAGGGGACGCUCAGGCCGCUCUUCGAGGCCUGUGGGGAGGUGGUCCAGAUCAGGCCGAUCUUCAGCAACCGUGGGGACUUCCGGGGCUACUGCUAUGUAGAGUUUAAAGAGGAGAAGUCAGCCCGGCAGGCCCUGGAGCUGGACAGGAAGAAUGUGGAGGGAAGGCCGAUGUUUGUGUCCCCCUGUGUGGAUAAGAGCAAAAACCCCGAUUUCAAGGUGUUCAGAUACAGUACUACCCUGGAGAAACACAAGCUCUUCAUCUCGGGCCUGCCCUUUUCCUGCACCAAAGAGGAACUGGAGGGCAUUUGUAAGGCUCACGGCACGGUGAAGGACCUCAGGCUGGUCACCAACAGGGCUGGCAAGCCAAAGGGCCUGGCGUAUGUGGAAUAUGAAAGUGAGUCGCAGGCGUCACAGGCAGUGAUGAAGAUGGACGGUAUGACCAUCAAAGAGAAUGUCAUCAAGGUGGCAAUCAGCAAUCCCCCUCAGCGGAAAGUUCCGGAGAAGCCAGAAGGGAGGACAGCACCAGGGGCCCCCAUGGUUCCCCGGCAGAUGUACGGAUCGCGUGGGAAGGGAAGGACCCAGCUCGCUCUUCUUCCUCGAGCUCUGCAACGCCAGGGUGCCGCUCCUCAGGCUGAGAACGGCCCAGCUCCGGGGCUGGCAGUCACCGCGUCUGUGGCCACCGAGCCUCCUAAGAUGUCCAAUGCGGAUUUUGCGAAGUUGCUUCUGAGAAAGUGAACAGGACUUUGAGACAGGAAAUGCCUUACCUAUUCCUGCGGGCUGCCGGGCUGGACGCGCUGGCCGGGCCUUACCUACUCCGGCUGGCUGCUCCGGGUCCUGGAGACAGGCAGGCUGGGCUCCCACUCCUGCUCCUCUGGGUAGAUGGGAAGGGAGAAACCACGUGGAGCAUGGCGGGAAGGAAUGUUCCCUCACAUUGAGGGCGGAGGCCGACCGCUCUACGGGCUGUCCCAAGGUACGUUAGUGUCCUAACAAGGAGAGACUUGGCUUUCGAGGCCCACUUGUCCUGAUACUUUGAUCGCCUUGGGCCCUUUUUCUACGAACCCCCUCCCCGGCCCUGCACAGCACGUGUGCCCGUCACUCUUUAGUGAAAGAUGGGCUGGAAGAGCUUGUCCCUCGUCAGGGCGGCCUGCUGGUGACGUGUGGGACAUCACAGAAGACACGCUUGAUGGGUUUUUGUCCAAAGACGCUAUGAGUUUUUUUAUUAUGUAUUUGUAAUUGACACUUGGACUGUUUUAUGUUCCUUAAAAGUGGACUGUGACAUUUGUUCAUAGGAGUUGUGUGCCCCGCCCACUCUGGACCAGUCCCUUUGCCUGAUGACCGGAGACCUAAGCCCUCCGUUCAAACACUCAUGUCUAAACGCUAUGUCUAGUGCACAGUUGAGUUCCCCAUUUAGUUUUGUUUAUUAAACUGAAGUUCUUACAGAA